GCCAGACGACUCCUUGCAAUCAAUCACUCGAGUCAACUUUGGCUUCGCCUUCUUCGCCAUGGACAUGGAGCCCAAACCCUCGCCGCCCGACGCCACCCCGCCCAAGCGCAAGGCGAAGAAGGAGGCAUCCGCGCUUGCCUCGGCGUCCCCGCCGCCGAAGCGGCAGGCCCGGGACCGCAACCCUGUCGUCGACCUCCCGCCACCGCUCAGCCGGCCGCCCACCCGCAAGUCGCGCCGCAAGCCCGCGCGCGAGAAAGCGCCGCGGCGCUCCGUGAAGCCGCCUCCUCCUCCUGAUUGCGCUGCGGCGGCGCCGGCGCGGCCAUCGGGGGAGCAGGAGAUCGAGGCCGUCCUGUCCCGCGGCGCCGGCGUCCACGUCGUCCCCACCUUCGCCGGAUGGUUUUCGUGGAAGGAGAUUCACCCAAUUGAGAAACAAACAUUGGCUACAUUUUUUGAUGGAAAAUCAGAGAGGCGGACACCCAAUAUAUACUUGGGAAUUAGAAAUUUUAUCAUGAAUAAAUUUCACUUUAAUCCUCAAAUGCAUUUGGAGUCCAAUGAUUUGUCUGAGUUGUCAAUUGGCGAGAUGGAUGCUCGCGUUGAAGUCUUGGAGUUCUUGGCCCACUGGGGCUUGGUCAAUUUCCACCCUUUUCCACCAGUUGGACAGGAAUGCAAGCUGGUUGAGAGCAAAAGCAAUGUUGAUACAGAGGAGAAAACUUCUCUGGUUGAGAAGUUAUUUCAGUUUGAAACAGUUCAGUCAUAUCUGGUACCUGUUCCCAAUAAAGUAGAUGCCGUAUCUCCAGCUCAGGUUGCUAGCUUGCUUUUUGAGCCUACCCUAGUUGAAGAUGCGAUCACUGCAGCUGAGUCUUCUGUUGAGUAUCAUUGCAACUCCUGCUCAAUUGAUUGCUCAAGAAAGCGCUACCAUUGCAGAACUCAGGCAGACUUUGAUUUGUGUUCUGAUUGCUACAAUGAAGGGAAGUUUGAUGAAGGCAUGUCACAAGCUGAUUUCAUCCUUAUGGAAUCUGCGAAAGUUCCAGGCUCUGGUGGUACUAGCUGGACUGACCAGGAGACAUUGCUUCUUUUGGAAGCAUUAGAAAUUUUUAAAGCAAAUAAAUGGGAUGACAUUGCUGAGCAUGUUGCAACAAAAACCAAAGCACAGUGCAUGCUAUACUUCCUCCAAAUGCCAAUUCUGGACUGCUUUCUAGAUGGUGGAGAUUUCAAUCUAACAUCUGAGAAGAUCACAGAACAGGCUUCAGCAGAAAAGGGCACUUUUGAUGUACCUGAGAAAAUGGUAGUAGAAGACAAUGCAGGAGGAAAAGAAAACACUGAUGAAAAAACUUCCAAGACAACAAAUGCUGAUUCUACAGAAACAGGAACAAAAUUAUCCGAUAAAAAUGUUUCUGCAAAAAAAGAUACCAAGAAUUCAGAUGCUAAUGAUCUAGUUGCAUCUUGCAUUGUUGAUAAUUCAAACAAAUCGUCAGGUUCUGACCCUGGAAAUGGGGAACAUGCUUCCAACUUUGUUAUUGAUGUCCUGGGAUCUGCUUUUGAAGCUGUUGGUCACUUUCUGGAGAAAGAAGACAUGGGUUCAUUUGCUGAAGCAGGAAACCCUGUGAUGGCACUAGCAGCAUUUUUGGCUGGUCUUGUGGAACAUGACGAUGCUGUUACUUCAUGUUGUAGUUCAUUGAGAGCUAUAUCAGAGAUAUCUCCUGCCCUUCUACUGGCAACUAGGCACUGUUUUAUUCUUCCAGAUCCACCAAGUGACCUCAAAAAUCUAACUUUCAGUGUCAGCCCUGCAAGCACAGGUGGUGAGCACCAAAAAGACAAUGAUGCGACUCCAAAUGCAAAUGGUACUGAUAAAGACAGCAAUAAGAAGGAAGAUAGUGCUUUAACUUUGAGAAAGCUGAAUGCUUCAUUCACUUCACAGAAAGAGCACCAGGAAUUAUCGAACACAAAGGGAUCAUGUGUUGAAAUUCCCCAAGUGGAGGCCAACACCAACAGUACUAAGGAUUUUGAUAAUCCAACUGAUAUGGUAGAGAAUAGUAGUGCAUCUGAUAAGAUGAGAGAUGAGUGUGAUUCCAUUUCACAUUCUGUUACUUCAAAUAAUACAAAUGAACCUAGUUCCAUAGCGUCCCAAGAAGCCAGUGCAGCAAGUACAGAGGACACUACUGGCCCGGAACGAGUAGAAGGGGACAAACUGAGUUCUGAAGAAUUACCAGCUGAUGUUUCACCUUCACAAGGAAAGGUAGAGACAAAGAAGAUUGAACAUGCGGCCUCGUCUAGCGUACAACACCACGAGUCCAACCAAACAGAAACUAGCAAUACUGAAGAACCUAACAGCAAUAAGAACAUUGCUGCCGACGGUGGUUCCAUCAUAAGGCUACAGCGAGCGGCAGGUACUGCCAUUUCAGCAGCUGCGGUGAAAGCUAAGCUCCUCGUGGAGCAGGAGGAGGAUCAUAUUCGACGACUAGCUGCACUUGUAAUCAAAAAGCAGUUUCAGAAGGUGGAAGCUAAAAUGUCGUUUUUCGCUGAACUUGAACAUUUGGUUUUGCGAGCGAGAGAAUUAACCAAAAAAAUCCGGAAGAAGCUUCUGAUGGAGCGGAUUGCGAUAAUUGCUGCCCGGAUGGCUGCAGUGUCAUCCAGGCCAAACCAACAUGGGGCUCCUGGAGCUAGAUUACCAGUAGGCUAUGCUGUGAGUCAGCAGCUUAGGCGGCCUUGAAGCCUAGAUGCUUUGCUGAUCCUCUGAUCCAACCUUCUAGAAGUAUAUAUAUGAUGUAGGGCUGGCUUUUGUAGUUGUGCUAAUCCACCUUGUAAAAAUCCAGUGUUACUGCUAGAAGCGUAACUUUUGGGUCAACCUAGGGUGUAGUUAUAACCCCUUGUUACUCAGCUUGUUGUCAUGCUAUGUUUAUAACAUAUAUAUGCUAGGAUUUGUGUAGGGAUGCAAUCUCACGAGUUAUGUGUUACACUGGUUUAAAGUCUAGGGUCGGUGCUCGUGUGCAUAUAUGGUGUCUGGGUUGCAUGAGAGAUGUUUUGAUGGUUAGCGAUGUGGCUCACGCUUUCUGAAGAAAUCCUGUGACGACUCGAAGUGGUGUACUGCAAUUCUGCCAAGAAAAAGAAGGUAGUGUCAUAGCUGAUUACUUUUUUUUUCCUUUCUUUUGUUUUUCCAAUGCGUGGGCGUGAAUUUUGAUCUUGCGACAAAACGAACUUGUCUUUGUAUGCGUGCAGUACUUGCUGAAACGAUGGGCUGUAUCUGAUGUUUGUGUGCUUGUAUACCAUGCCAUUCGAGUCGUUAUACCUUGGAGCUUGUGCGCUAUGAUCUUGUAAACCUGGUUGUAAAACUCCUUUAUUGAAUCAGCAGCAAAGGGAGCUUCA